CCAUCAAGCUUUCCCCCUCCUUUCAGCUAUAAAAUUAUAACCCAUCAACAAUGCCCUCGCCAACCCCCUCACCCGUCCCCCGUGGUCGCUCCCGUGUACGUUCCCGUUCACGAACCCCAGAUUCCAGCGCAUCACGCUAUACUCGGUCGCGCAGCCGUUCUCCACGCCGUUCAAUUUCACCUCGUUCUCGAUCUAGAUCUGGGGGUAGAAGUAGGAGCCGUAGCUUGGUGAGCGCAAUUGGUGCUGGUAGAAGUGGAGGCGCAAGAUAUAGGAGUGAAAGUCGAGGAAGAAGUUUAAGUCCUAGGGGUCGGAGUAGAACUCGAAGUAGAAGUCGAGGGAGAAGUGAGAGUGCUGGAUCUGUAGCUGCCCCGAGGAGUACCAAGGUUGUGAUUGAGAAACUUACAAAAAAUGUUACCGAAGAUCAUCUUCGUGAAAUAUUUGGAAGUUUUGGCGAAAUCAAAGAUCUAGAUGUGCCAAUGAACAGAAAUUUCAAUACCAACCGUGGUACAGCUUAUAUUCUUUACGUUUCUUCUUCAUCCGCCGAAUCUGCGAUAGCUCAUAUGCAUGAAUCACAACUCGAUGGCGCCGUUAUAAAUGUAUCAAUCGUCUUACCUCGCCGCAAAUUUAGUCCACAACCACCCAUGGCCCGUCGGGGAGUAAAUAUCGAUCCUAGAAUUCCAAUUGGUAGUAGGAGUUCUCGUGGCGGCUUUGAAUCUAGGGGUGCUGGGGGUGGAAUGGGAGGAGGCGGAAGAAUGAUGGACAGGGAAAGAGACAGAGGAGGUGAUACUUAUAGACCUGGCGAGAGAAACCGUGAGAGGUCAAGAAGCCCCAGAAGACAUAGGACGAGAAGUCGAAGUCUAAGUAGCCGAUCACGGUCAAGAUCCCCAAGGAGAGACAGAGGGAGAGAUAGGAGAGAUAGUUUUGGAGGUCGCGGAGGUAGAGGUGGCAGGGAUAGAGAUGGAAGCAGGGAUGGGAGAAGAAAGAGAAGUCCUAGUUAUAGUAGCUAUAGUAGCUAUGAUGAUCGAAGUCGAAGUCCAAGUCGAGUUCGAGGUGGAGGUGGAAGGGGAAGACGUUAAGAAUGAGGUUGAGAUGAAGUUAAGUCUCCAAAUUAUUGCAGCAAUUGGGAGGAAUUUAAGCACCGACAGGAGGCCGAGAUUUUGCCAAAGGUUGAUGGAGAGAUGAGAGGGAUUUGGAGCAAAAAUGUACAAAAUAUUUUCUUUCUAUCAGCUGGGUUACUAUUGUAGUGUAGGUAUGGAGCGAAGGAGUUUGGGAUUUCGUGAUGAAAAUGGAUUAGCUAGCAAAAGGAACAGAAAUUAUAAUGAAAGUUUAAAGCU